CACCACUUUUAAUUUGCCGUGCUUGAAGUUUUAAUUGCUAUACCUUAUCUCUUAUUAAGAGGUAGCUCGUCACAAAGGUUUGCGCUCUAUUGCUUAACUUGUUGAUAAGAUAAACGGAAAGCUUUAUCUAAUUCACUUUGUGGAUGACAAUAUUGGUUGGUUUCCGCAUUGCGAUUUUUCAUUUUACUGCAUAAGGUUUAAUAAUAUAAGAUGAACGGAGUAACAAUUUUCUUAAUAUGGCUAGCUCUCGCGUAUGGUGCAACUAUUCCUGCAAGUCUGUGUCCCCUGGAAACUCAAUGCGAAAAGGUAGAUGAGUUAAGUGCUAUUUGUGGAAUGGAUGAGGAGGUGGGCUGUAUUCGAAAGUUUGCCUCCAAAUGUCACUUGGAUAUUGCAACUUGUAAUGAAAGAAAAAAUUUUACUGACUUUAGUGAGGUUUAUUGCUCAAUGGAGUUCUAUUUCUGCAAUAAGUCUCCCACCUACGAGCGAUGGACCAUUUUCUUUGGCCAUGAGGAUGAAUAAAUUCAUUUUCAUUUAUUAUUAAAGGGAGAAAAAUGCUUAACCAAUACGCUUAUAGGUGUAAUAUGACUAGUACUUAGGGUAUUUUAACAAAUCUUAUUUUCAUGCUUGUGCUAUGUGUAUAAUUACCUUAUAUCUGCUAAAGAAAUUAGUUAUAGAUAAUCCAAAAUGAUGUGGUUUAACUUCAUAAUACAUGGAAGAAAAUCUAUUUAAAUAUGUUUAAACUGCAUUCAUAUUUAGUUACUCAUGAAGCUAUCGUACAUUGUAAUCUUCACCUUAUGUAAGUUGCUUAAAAUUAAAAGUAAAAUAAAUGAAAAAAUGAGUUAAA